CAGAGAGACGGGAGACUGGAGACGAUAUCCUCAAAUCCUCGCUGCGAAUCGCCGAUCCCUCCCGCGCCUGCUCGGCCGGCGGAAACCCUAAGGACUCGCCGCCCUCGACCGUUCCCGCCGGCCGCUCAAUCCGUCCCCAAGAACUUACCCCGUUCCGUCGCAUCUCCUCUCGCGCAGCUCUCCUGGAGAUCCCUCCCUCCGUUUGCCGUUCGCUUCACUCCCUCUUCUCUCCAUCUCGUUCGGAGUCGGAUCCUCUGACGGUGCGCCCCGGAUUUUGGAAUCUGCGCUGCUCUCGCGGUUUCUUGGGCUCCAAGACUGGGAUACUUUCCUCCCUUGUGGAGGAAUGUGGCAAGGUUGGAGGUCUUGAUACGUUUCGGAGCGUUCGGUGAGUCAAUUUGGUGAUCAUAAUCCAACAUGGUACCCUGAAGAUGGCCCUUAGUAAAUGCAAACCUUCUGGUGAUGAAACUUCUGUCAGUAUGGCACCUUUGGCAUUUUCUAAAAGGGCACUUGAGAAGGUCAAUCCUGUCGGGCAAAGUAUGACAUCCAUGUCAUCAUCCUUCCCAGCGGUGGCUGAUGUAGAUAUUGACAUUAGGGAAAUUUACUUCCUGAUCAUGCAUUUUUUAUCAGCUGGGCCAUGUAAAAGGACAUAUGGACAGUUCUGGAAUGAGCUUUUGGAGUAUCAACUUUUACCUAGAAGAUACCAUGCGUGGUAUUCACGUUGUGGUGCACAAAGUGGCGAUGAAGAUGAUGAUGGCAUCUCGCUGCCUCUUUGCUAUAUCAAAUUGGCCGAAAGGUAUCCACACAUUGAAAAGGAUCACUUAGUAAAACUUCUGAAACAAUUGAUUCUGAAUUCUAGUCAUUUGCCUGGAAUGGGCAGAGGAGCUCCAAGUGCUGCUGAUGUUCCUACACUUCUGGGAUCUGAUUCCUUUUCUCUUCUUGCAUCUGAUAUGGAUAGAGGGAAUAAAGGAGCCAAUAAGUUGCCGAGUUAUUUGCGUUGGCCACAUAUGCAGGCUGAUCAGGUCCAUGGGUUAGCUUUUAGGGAGAUAGGUGGUGGUUUCACAAAGCACCAUCGAGCUCCAUCCAUUCGUGCAGCAUGUUAUGCCAUUGCUAAACCAUCAACUUUGGUGCAAAAAAUGGAGAUCAUAAAGAAGUUGAGGGGACAUCAGAAUGCUGUCUAUUGUGCUACCUUUGAUCGUUUGGGGCGGUAUGUAAUAACUGGGUCAGAUGAUCGCCUUGUUAAGAUCUGGUCACUGGAAACUGCAUUUUGCCUGGCCAGCUGCCGUGGACAUGAAGGUGACAUAACUGACCUGGCUGUGAGUUCAAAUAAUGCUGUGGUGGCAUCUUCUGCAAAUGACUCCAUCAUUAGAGUGUGGCAUUUACCUGAUGGCCACCCAAUAUCAGUGUUGAAGGGACAUACUGGAGCUGUGACUGCCCUUGCCUUUAGUCCAAGACUUUCCUCUGUUUACCAGCUACUUUCAUCCUCUGAUGAUGGAACAUGCCGUAUCUGGGACGCUAGGCAGUCUAGUGCCAAGCCGCAUAUUUACAUACCAAAGCCUCCAGAUACUCUAGCUGGAAAGAGCACUGAUCCCACUCCUACUGUUGGGCAACAAACACAUCAAAUCUUGUGCUGUGCAUUCAAUGCCAAUGGAACUGUAUUUGUCACUGGAAGCUCGGAUACGUUUGCUCGGGUAUGGAAUGCUUGUAAGAUCAACACUGAUGACUCCGAGCAACAAAACUAUGAGAUGGAUCUUUUGUAUGGCCAUGAGAAUGAUGUCAAUUAUGUGCAAUUUAGUGGCUGUGCAGUGAGGUCUAGAUCUUCUAUAGGUGACUCUUCAAAGGAAGAUAAUCUUCCAAAAUUUAAGAACUCCUGGUUCACACAUGAUAAUCUUGUUACCUGCUCUCGUGAUGGUAGCGCGAUUAUUUGGAUUCCAAGAUCCCGACGAUCUCAUGGAAAAGUUGGACGGUGGACUCGUGCUUAUCAUCUUAAAGUUCCUCCACCACCCAUGCCUCCUCAACCUCCUCGUGGGGGUCCACGCCAGAGAUAUCAACCGACUCCUCGAGGUGUUAAUAUGAUAGUCUGGAGUUUGGAUAAUCGAUUUGUACUUGCUGCUAUCAUGGAUUGCAGAAUAUGUGUUUGGAAUGCUUGUGAUGGAAGCUUAGUUCAUUCACUGAUUGGCCACAAGGAUUCUACAUUUGUUCUUGAUGUGCAUCCUUUCAACCCCCGGAUAGCUAUGAGUGCUGGCUAUGAUGGAAAAAUGAUCAUUUGGGAUAUAUGGGAGGGCAAGCCUGUACGGAUAUAUGAAACUGGCCCUUUUAAGUUGGUUGAUGGAAAAUUUUCACCCGAUGGGACUUCAGUUGUUCUCUCAGAUGAAGUAGGACAGAUAUUUAUUGUGGCAACAGGGCAAGGAGAGUCUCAAAAAGACGCAAAAUAUGAUCAGUUCUUCCUUGGAGAUUAUCGUCCCCUAAUGCAAGAUACAAGUGGAAAUGCUUUGGAUCAGGAGACACAGCUUACACCACAUCGGAGGAACAUUCAGGAUCUCCUUUGCGAUUUAGACAUGAUUCCAUAUUCGGAACCUUACCAGAGCGUCUACCAACGGCGUCGCUUAGGUAUCUUAGGUAUUGAGUGGCGUCCCACUUCAUUGAAACUUGCAGUUGGUCCAACUUACAAUGCCACUACCGGCGAUUUUCAACCGCUACCAAUUGGCAACCUAGAACAAUGGGUUGAGCCUUCACUAGAGGUUGUGGAUGCUAUAGAUUGGGAAGUAGAAAAUGACAUGCAGAGUGAUGACACUGAUUCCGAAUAUAAUGUAACCGAUGAAUAUUUAAGCGACGGGGAACAUGAAAGUUUGAGUAACAGUUCCUCUGGAGAUGCAGAAAGCAGUGCAGAAGACAGUCGAGUUGACCAUGACUUAAAUGAAGGCCUCAGGAGAUCUAAAAGGAAAAGGCACAAAUCUGAAGCCAAGUUCACAACUUUGUCUGGUAGGCGGUUCAAAAGAAGAAGCUUGGACAAGAGUGAUGGUGCUACUCUAUCUAGGGCUCAUAGACAUAGGAGGUCAAGGAGUGGAUGCAUGACAGGAAAGACAUCUUCUAAAUCAGAGCCACUACGACCACAGAGAGUUGCUAAAACAAAUGCUCUCACUUUCUUUUCUAAGAUAACCAGUGUUUCUACAGAUGGAGAAGAUAAUGAUUCAGAUAGCAAUUCCUCUGAAAGUGAAUCAGUGCCUCCAGAUUCAAAGACCCAGAGCAUCGAGUCUGAAAGGUCAAUGAAAAAUAAUCAGCUUCAUUAUGCAAAUGAAAACAAAAAAUUCAAGGAUGAGUGUGAAGAUGCUGCAAAACCUUCUCGAAUCAUAAAAAAUCAGGACAGUCAGGCAAGCAGGAGGAGUUUGGUCCUUAAGUUGCCACCUCGUGAGCCAAUAGUAGUAGUUUCUGGAAGUACAGAAUCUAUUUGCCACAAACAGGAUGGUGUACCAGUUUUCUUGCCGAUAACUAGUGUUGAUGUCAAUUACAAGGCUGAUGCACAUGGAGUAAGACAAACAGAGAUUUUUGGUCAUCCUAAUCUUUCAGCACACCAGGCCAGCACGAUGAAAUGGGGAGAAGUAAAGCAACGGUCAUCCAAACGUCCAAGACUGGGCGACAUGAUUACAGAUAUUUGCCAAGAUGGUCCUAGAACAUUUGUAAGUGACAAUAAUGGAUGUCCCAUAUCCGAGAAUGAGUGUGGAACGUCUCUUUCUAGGAACCAAGCUCAUGAAAUUGAUCCUGACAGAAGUGCACUUGAAAACAAGGGAGUGGAUGAUGGUCCACUUGGAUUAAAUGGUACUAGAAUUGAUGUGCUUUCUCCUGAAAGGAAGUCUAGAUCUUUAAGACAUCAGCAUGAACACGAUCAGGUGACACUGACAUGUAGUGACAGUAGAAAUAAAUUAGUUGUACCACCUCGCAGGGACCCAGUGAGCAGUGAAUUCAGGAUAUCUAACAUUGCAUUAAAAGGACCUGAAGUGGUUCCAAUUAAAAAUGAGAAUUUAUUUGGCAGUAAGUGUAUUGUUGAUGUCGAUCAGCAAGUGGAAAAAAAUGUGAAGACCAUCUACCCAAAGCUACGAAUCAAGUCGGGAGGAUUAGCACAAGAGGUUAGUAGUUCAUCCUCCAAACCAAAAUCCAUGGCAUGUAAUGAUUGGAGGAGCUUUGAAGGUGAAAUAUUGUCAGAUAGUCCAGUCCCAACUGGACAUAAUCUAGAUUCAGUUAUGAAUGAGGAGGAUGAAGGAACCAGUGGAAAGAAUUUAGAACAUGGGCAACAGAAUAAUGGAUCAGAAAGUUCAGAAAGGCAGACAAAUGCCAGUUUAUACAUUUCUCACAAUUACAAGAUGGAUUUAGAGUCCCAUGGUAAAGUAUAUAAUGCUGUUUAUAGAAGGACAAAGUCAUCCCAGGGAAGGAAAAGUUCUGGGGCUGGCAUUAAUGUAAAGGAAGAAACUACAUCAGACUCUGAUGACUACGGUGGAGAUGUAAAGAUGGAGCUAGGUAUUAGCAAUAGCAUGAUAGACAGUUCUUGCAGAACAAGAUCCAUGAGGACAUCCAGAAAUGAGUUAACUGAUAGUAAUAAUAAUUUUAGAGUGAGCCAAAGAAAUGAUCCAUUAGGUGCUUCCACAAGCAGGGGAAGAUCUACAUUAAAUGCUUGUGAUCAACUUAUUUUUGAUGAAUGGAAGUCAACUUCUAAAAUUACUGUUGGUUUAAGAUCUACCAGAAAUAGAAGGGAGAACUACAAUACUGACUUUAGACCUUUGAACAAAAGAAGAAACCACCAAUCAAUUCGAAAACUUUCAUGGCUUAUGUUGUUUGAGCAUGAGGACAGCUACAGGUAUAUUCCUCAGAAAGGUGAUGAGGUUGCCUAUCUGAGACAGGGCCAUAAAGAGUAUAUUGAAAGUUCUGGUACAUCUGAAGUAGGUCCCUGGAACUUUGUAAAAGGCUUAAAAGCUGUUGAGUUUUGCAAGGUUCAAGACCUUGAUUACUCUACACUUCCUGGAUCUGGUGACAGCUGCUGCAAACUCACCCUUGGAUUUGUAGAUCCUUCAUCCAGUGCAUUUGGUAAAUCUUUCAGAAUCACCAUGCCAGAGCUUGAUUAUUUUCCAGACUUUCUUGUGGAAAGAAUACGCUAUGAUGCCUCCAUAGAAAGAAAUUGGACUCACAGAGAUAAGUGCCAAGUCUGGUGGAGGAAUGCAGACCGAGAUGGUGGGAGUUGGUGGGGGGGACGGAUCUUGGCUGUAAAGCCUAAAUCUUCUGAGUUUCCAGAUAGCCCAUGGGAGCGAUAUGUUAUACAGUACAAAGAUGAUUCUUCUGGCCAGCAUUUACAUAGUCCAUGGGAGUUUCACGAUGCCAGUAUCCAGUGGGAACAUCCUUGUAUUGAUAACGAAACCAGAAAUAAGCUUUUAAGUUCUAUCGCUAAGCUAGAGAAAACAUCAAUAACAAAUGAGGAUUGUCAUGGUGUUUGUAAACUGAGCCAGGUGGCUCAAAAGUCUGAGUUUUUAAACAGGUUCCCCGUUCCGCUUUCCCUCGAGGUGAUAAAGAGUAGACUCAAAAACAACUACUACCGCACUGUGGAUGCAGUCAAGCAUGAUGCUUCUGUCAUGAUUUCAAAUGCUACAUCGUACUUCAGCAAAAGCGCAGAGAUGACAACAAGGAUGCGUCGAUUGUCCGAGUGGACCAUGCGCACAUUCUCGUUGUAGGAGUGCCUCUUAAAAAGGAGAAAAAAAGAUUAAAUCUUGCUGCUUCACUGUAGAUAAACUAUUAAUUCUAACAUAUUGCGUCACCUGUCAGCAUCAGCCUUUUACUUAAAGAUGUAAUUUUUCAGGGAGGAAUUGGCAUUACUUUGGGUGGUUGUUACGAGGGAAUCGAUACCAAGGAGGUUCAAAAAGAAAGAGAGAGAGAGAGAGAGAGAUAAAAGAGUGCUGGCAGUGAACUGCCACGAUUAAUUUUUUUUGUAUAGACCCACAUCACCAUCCUCAAUAAAAAGAAUGCGCAAGUGCUCGUUGUCAAUGUCAUCUGUGGCAUAGAUGUAUGUACAU